AUGGCCCAAGAUUCAUCGAGGAAGGAACGUGACCCACCUACAACGUCCUUCUUCAUGAUUUGCCGCCAUGAACUGCUCAGUGUCAUGUUGUUGGAAUCGUGCGAAGCUUAUUGGGGGAAACUCAAUCAUAAUCAAACUAUUAACGCUAAGGGUUUCAGCCUUUCAGCCGGACCCCAAAUCGAGUUGGUUCUGGAUGCAGCGAGCAGGGAUGGAUCCAUGCUCGAAGGGCUGACCAUCACUCUAGGACUUCGCAAAUGGCUCAAAUAUAUCCCAAUUUCCAACAAUCUAGGGUUCUCAAUCUUGGCAGCUGCUUCCGACGAAGAUGUCGUCUCAUUCCCUGCUAUCGGAGAAGUCGACAUCGUAUUUCCACGAGAAGAUACAUACGCAGCAGAAGCACCAUUUCCUGUAAUCUUUGGACUCCAAAACGCACCAGUCUUGACCACCUUUAGCGGUACUCUCAACUGGGAGCUCGACUGCGCUUACACGCUAUUUGGCAUCGGUCGGCUCUACUUGGACUUCCUCCCCGACACAGAACCAUACUAUUUUCUCAAUACCAGCCAAGCCAUUGCCGACGCUGACGAAGACCAAUUCCAGUACUGGCGCGGCGAAGAGGACUCUUGCAUUCUGAAGUGGGAUUUUCGAUGGACAACUAUAUGUGAGCCGCGGUCUGAUGGUAGCGUUCUCUUGAAAAACAACCAAUUCCAACGUUCGGGAAACGUCACAUUCACUCUCCGUCCAGGCGCAAAGACAGCUAGGAAAGCCAUUGCCGAGUAUGAAGGGUGUGCCAUUGGGGGAACGGCAAUCAAGCUUGAAAAGAACCACACAGUUGGCUGCCCUAUUCUUGCGCAGGAUUCGUCGCCAAAACCAAAGCCUUGCGACCUUGACGUCAAAAAGGCCCGAAGCAGCCUUGCUGCAGCCGUUGUGAAGCCUACUACGAGCUUAACCGAGAUCCCCAGCAAGACUGCGGACUCAGGUGUGAGGACCACGGGCACUGGAGCGGAUAAUGGUUCUAAGCCGACGAGUACUAGUGGAAAGGCAGGCGGAGGUGAUGCCAGCGCCGAUAGUGAAAAUGUGGCAAGAGGUCACAGUGUCAGCGACAAUGGUGGACUCUUUACUGUCUUUCUCGCUCUAUCUGUUGGUAUUAUCUUUUCAUUAUGGUUGUAA